AUGGAUCAAAUUUUCAAAUUAAAAGAUGCUGUCGUCAAUUAUCUUUCUCCUGUUGCGAAACGACGUCGGACAAUGGGUCCUCAAACUCCAGGUUUCAACACCGCUGGUGAGGAACACCAAUUUCUCUCCGAACCUCGAAAUAACAAAAGAGCCCUCAACUUAGCUUAUGAUCGCAUGAAUCAGAACUACAUUUCCUCGGAAGAUAGAACGACACCCUCCAGGAAUCCCCUCAAACGUCCCCGCGAAGAUGAGGAAACUGAAGGAGCUAUAUUUUCUGGAGACGAAAUUUCGCCAAAGCAUUCUUCUUCGCAGAUUGUUACCGAGAGCGAUGAGGGAUCGGUGGUAACUCCAGAUUAUAUGGAUGAAGAUGAAGAAGAGGACGAGGACGAGAUUUCUGCCGAACAAAAAGUAAAUGAAUAUCUUUCAAAACAGGCCGCGGAGCUAGCUAAGGCGAAGGAGACGGUGGAAAGAGCUCGAGCAGACGGCGAAUGGUCUCCAGAAGAGAUCUUUCUACUGGAGAGAAUUCAAUAUAUGGGUCAUGAAGGGCUUUUGCCACAUUGGGCGAAGGGAUGGUAUUUUCGAACGGUUCCUGAUGCCAUGUGGUGUCCCGAUGAUAAUGCGCUCUUGGGAGAAAGCAGUAAAUCUAUGCAAAUGUUGGAUUUCCUUAACAAUUAUCUUGGCCGUCGCGUCCACGACAGAUACUAUGGUAGAAACGGCCCACCUGAAGAUCAGAUGCGGCUAUACAUUGGCAAAUACGUUGAAUGGACUGAGAGGGAAGGAGGCUACUACAAGAAAAAGUUUAUACCGGUUCUCUGUCUCGUUAAAGGUCGAUGGAAAGCAAGCGGUGCGGAAACAACCAAGCGUCUACAAGACCAGAUGGCUUUUCAUGCUGAAUCAUGGCGUCAAUCACUAUUACGCCCUUCACCACUCGUCAAUGAAUUGGGUGAGACGGAAAUAUACUUUCGACGCCCUCCUCUCAUUUAUGGGAUUCUCUACAUACAAGCAAAAGCUCUUUUCGUUACAUUGGACUCUUCGGAUCCUGAAGCGAAGAUUAGAGACAUUCAUAUUUGUGACUUCUUGGACCCAAGCAAGCAUUUUUGGCAUGCUAUAUCUGUUGCUAUAGUGGCUAAGAUUGCGCAAAAGUACAUGGAGUCAAUCAGGGAUACAUUGGAAGACGAUGAUCCACCGGAACCCAAUUCGGACAGCGAAAAUGAAUUAGAAUCUCGAUCUCAGCGCGAAAAGAGACUGCUAAAGGAGGCAAGGAAACUGGAGCGAGAGAAAGAGCGUCAACGUGAAGAAGAUUUGUUGAGACUUGAGCAGCAAAUGGGGGACAUCAAGAUGGAAGAAGAAGCCGACCAUGUAAUGGAGUCUAUCGAGGUGUAUGAAAAGCUUAAUGUAAUCGAGGGUGAAGAAGAAGAGCGAGAAGAAUUUGAGGAUGAUCGACCAUCGGCGUCGGAAUACGAUGAAGACGAAGGGCCUAAAGUCGAGGUUGGGAUUGAGAUGGAUGAAGGCGAAGAUAUUGAGCAGAGUGAGAGCGAAGAAGUCGAAAGUGACGUGGAAAUUGAGGAUGCAGAAGAGGUCGAUGGAGAAGAAGACGAAGGAGACGAUGAUAGUAACGAGAGUGAGAAUGAGAGUGAGAACGAGAGCGAGAUUGAGGGCGAGAUUGAGGGCGAGGAUAAGAGCAAGGAUACAAGCGAGAGCAAGAAUAACAGCGAGAGCGAGGAUAACAGCGAGAAUGAGAGCGAGGGUGAGAAUACAGAGGUCGAAAUCGACUCACAAUAUGGAACCGAUCAAACCCCCAAAGCCAACAAGCUCAAUGAAAUGUCUCGUCUCUAA